AUGCCGGCUGCGACGGGCAUUCGAAUCUCCAUAGACCGCGGUGGCACCUUCACCGACGUCAUUGCAACCGGUGUCCCCGGCCAUGACCAGCCCGUUGUGCUGAAGCUCCUGUCUGAAGACCCGGCUAACUACGCCGAUGCACCGAUCGAGGGCAUCCGGCGCGUGCUGUCGCUCGCCCAGAAGGACGAGGUGCCGCGCGGGACGCCGCUGGACACAGCCCUGAUCGAGAGCGUGCGGAUGGGAACCACCGUGGCCACCAAUGCGCUUCUCGAGCGUCGCGGAGCCAGGUGCGCUCUGCUCACAACAGCCGGGUUUGGCGACCUCCUCGCCAUCGGUACGCAGUCUCGUCCGGACAUCUUCGAUCUGGCCGUACGGAAGCCCGAUGCCCUAUAUGAGCGGGUCGUCGAGGUGGCCGAGCGUGUCACGAUGGAAGAGUUCAGCGAGAGCAGACGGCCUGAUCCAGAAAAGACGCGCAAGGCGCUUGAGACGGAUCCGGAUGUAGUGAAAUGCGAGAGCGGAGAUGUCAUUCGCAUCCUUGAGAGACCGGAUCUGGCCAAGGUCAGGGAAGACAUCCAGGCUCUUUACGAGGACGGCAUCAGGUCCAUCGCCAUCGCCUUUGCUCACUCCUAUGUCUUCCCGGACCACGAGCGACAGGUGGCGGAGAUCGCCCGCGACAUUGGCUUCACAUUCUGCUCCCUGUCGUCCGACCUGAGUGCCUCAAUCAAGCUGGUCAGCAGAGGUCUCAGCGCCGCGGCAGAUGCAUAUCUGACCCCGGUAACGAGGCGCUACAUUGACGGCUUCCGACACGGCUUCGAUGGGGCACUGGAAGGGAAGAACGCCAUCCAGUGUGAUUUUAUGAUGAGCGAUGGCGGCCUGACCAGCUGGAAGAGUUUCACUGGCGUCAGAGCAAUUCUCAGCGGACCGGCAGGUGGAUAUGUCGGAUUCGCAAGGACUUCGUACUCUGACCAAGACGGCCGGCCUGUCAUCGGCUUUGACAUGGGCGGUACAAGCACCGAUGUCUCCCGGUUUGGAGGCAGCUUCGAGCAUGUCUUCGAGAGCACAACGGCCGGUGUGACUCUCCAGACGCCCCAGCUGGACAUCAACACUGUUGCUGCCGGGGGCGGCUCGAUCCUUCAUUGCAGGAACGCGCUCUUCUAUGUUGGUCCAGAUAGCGCUGGUGCACAUCCAGGCCCUGCUUGCUACCGGAAGGGAGGUCCUUUGGCCGUGACAGACGCCAAUCUACUCCUGGGAAGACUCCUCCCUGAAUACUUCCCGUCCAUAUUCGGUCCGAAGGAGAAUGAGCCGCUCGAUAUGAAAGCUACCCGGGCGCUGUUUGAGCGCAUGGCUGUGCAGGUGAAGAGGGAGACGGGCAAGGACAUGAGUCCGGAGGACAUAGCACUAGGUUUCAUCGACGUCGCGAAUGAGACUAUGGCCCGGCCAAUCCGUGCCCUUACGCAGGCUCGAGGAUACGAACCAUCCGCACAUCGACUCGCUGUCUUCGGAGGCGCCGGUGGGCAGCACGCAUGCGAUAUGGCACGACUCCUGGGCAUCAACUCCGUGAUCAUCCACAAAUACUCGAGUAUCCUAUCUGCCUACGGGAUGGAUCUAGCCGAAGUAACCGACGAGGCUCAGGCGCCGACGUCAGAGACGUACAGCCCCGAGUCAUUAGCCAGCCUGCUGAAACGGGCAGAGGAUCUGAAGACCAAGGUGAUGCAGAGACUGGAGGGCCAGGGCAUCACUGCAUCCAUGAUCGAGGCGGAUGUAUACCUCAGCAUGAGACUGCAGGGAACAGACACAAACCUGAUGAUCCAGCAGCCAACUGACAGCGAUUUCGCCGCGGCGUUCAAUACGGAGUUCAAGCGGGAGUUUACCUACCUGGCCGAGAACCGUGAUAUCCUGGUUGAAGCUAUUCGUGUCAGGGCGAGGAGCAAGAUCCAUAUUGCAGACAACCUGACGCCCUUCAGCGAGGCCCGGGCCAUCAGAGAGGGGGCUCUGGCUGCUGUCACUCCGCAACCGACCAAGGAGUCGCCGGUCUACUUCAAGGGUCUUGGACGGGUCAGCACACCUGUCUACCAGCUGAAGAAGCUAGAUGCUGGCUCUCGGAUCCAAGGACCGGCUAUGAUCAUCGACAACACGCAGACAAUCCUCGUGCAGCCCAACUGCACCGCGAACAUCUUCAGUAAGCACGUCCUUAUUGAUGUAGGCAGCGGACAGGCCAAGACGCAGGCCGAGACUGUAUCUCCGGCCUCCCCGACGAGCGUGGAUCCAAUCCUUCUCUCAGUCUUCGGACACAGGUUCAUGAGCAUAGCAGAGCAGAUGGGCCACACACUCCAAAAGACGUGCGUCUCGGUGGCGAUUAAAGAGAGACUGGACUUCAGCUGCGCCUUAUUCGAUUCAGAUGGCGGUCUUUGCGCGAACGCGCCCCAUGUGCCAGUACAUCUGGGAAGCAUGCAAGGGAGCGUUCACUUCCAGCACAUGCUGCACUCGAAAACACUCAAGCCGGGCGACGUGCUCGUUACGAAUCAUCCGCAGGCCGGCGGAACCCAUCUCCCCGAUAUCACAGUCAUCAGUCCCGCGUUCGACGCGGAAGGCAAGAAACUCCUCUUCUACGUAGCCUCCAGGGCCCAUCAUCUCGACAUCGGCGGACUGGCCGGAAACUCAAUGCACCCCGGUGCCAAGGAACUCUGGGAAGAGGGUGCUGCUAUCAUAUCCUUCAAGCUGCUGUCCGAAGGCAGGUUUGACGAAGAGGGCAUCACGAAGAUCCUCCUCGAGGAGCCGGCGAAGUAUCCCGGGUGCUACGGGUCGAGACAUCUCAGCGAUAACCUCUCCGAUCUUAGAGCGCAGGUUGCGGCUAAUGCUCGGGGUAUUCGUCUGAUCACGGCUCUGAUUCAGGAGUAUGGGGAGGAGACGGUCAAGUUUUACAUGGGUGCUAUCCAGGCUACUGCUGAAGCAUCCGUGAGGCAGUUGCUGACGUCUACAGCUGCGAAGCUGGGACCUAUUCUUGAGGCAGAGGAUUACUUUGAUGAUGGUAGCAAGAUCCGUCUGAAGGUCAGCAUUAAGCCGGACGAUGGCAGCGCCACGUUUGAUUUCACAGGAACCAGUCCGGAAGUCUACGGAAACGCCAACGCCCCAACAGCCAUCACCAUGUCAGCCGCCAUCUACACGCUCCGCUGCCUCACCGCUACGGACAUCCCCAUGAACCAAGGCGUCCUGGCACCGGUCCACAUCAUCCUGCCCCCCGGAACGAUCAUCAACCCUAGCCCGGAAGCAGCCGUCAGCACCGGCAACGCACUAACGUCGCAACGCCUCGUCGACGUGAUCCUCAAGACCUUCCGCGCCUCAGCCGGCUCCCAGGGCUGCAUGGGCUGUCUGAGCAUGUUCGGCGGCCCCCGGCCAGACGGAGGCUGGGACUACGCCUAUGGCGAAACCGUCUGCGGAGGCAAUGGCGCCGGGCCAACCUGGCAUGGCAGUCCGGUACCGACACAGGUCCACAUGACGAACACGCGGGCGACGGAUGUCGAGAUCCUAGAGCGUCGGUAUCCGCUUCUUAUGCGGGAGUUCUCCAUCCGCCGAGGCAGUGGUGGGAAGGGCAGGUAUAGAGGUGGGAACGGGGCGCGGAGGAUCUUCGAGGCGCGCGAGCCGUUGGAGUUCUCGUUUAUGUCGGAGAGACGGACGGUGGCGCCGUAUGGAAUGGAGGGGGGCGAGGACGGCGAGAGGGGGCUGAAUCUGCGGAUCAUGAAGACGUUGGAUGGGCGCUUCCGGACGGUCAAUCUUGGGCCGAGGAGUAUGUUUGUUCUGCAGCCGGGGGAGAGGUUUAUUAUCAACACGCCUGGGGGAGGGGGAUGGGGGAGUCCUUCCCAAGCCCAGGGGGUGACAGAAGAGACACCGACGAAGAAGUACCAUGGCAGGGCUGCCGGGUCGGUGGCGGCUUGGAAGGAGGCGCAGGAGGGCCAGUGA